AUGUCCCUAGACCAGGAAUUGGCACUUGAACACUCCGUUCAUGCAGACCACUAUGUAGAAAUUCCCUCGGACUCCCUUGCGCCAGCACACACCGAAAGCUGUGCCUACUGUGGUCUCGAGUCAUCUCAAUCUGUAGUCAAGUGUGGAAACUGCCACAAAUGGUUUUGCAAUGGAAAAGGCAAGCUCGGCACUUCUCAUAUUGUCAUCCAUAUGAUCCAGUCGAAGCAUAAUAGUGUGAUGCUUCAGGAGUCGUCGCCGUUGGGUGCUGAGACUUUAGAGUGCUAUAACUGUGAAGUGAAGAAUGUAUUUACACUUGGGUUUGUGGCCGCCAAACAGGACCUGAUGGUUGUUCUUUUGUGCCGUAUGCCGUGUGCUCAUCAGCGCGAUAUCAACUGGGCCACUGAUGAUUGGCAGCCGUUGGUGGAUGAUAGGGCAUUGCUUCCGUGGGUAGCGCCGUUUCCUUCUCCGGAGGAGUCUGCGAAUGCGCGGGACGUGCUGAUCGAUGAGGUGCGUCAGGUGGAGGCACUUUGGAAACUGAACAAAGACGUUUCUUUGGAGGAGGUGGUCAAGAACUCGGAGCCACGCAAGCUUCUCCCGGUGCUUUUGAGAUCUCAGGACGGUGCCAUUUACCACAACUCUUACAUUCCUUUAAUCGAGGCUGAAACAGCAGCCGAAAAAGCAUCUACAGAGUCGCAGGUCUGGGAUUUGUCGUCUAUAGAGUGGUCGGAAAACUCGGCUGGGGCCCAUAUCGCAGAGUUCGUCCUCUCGCCAUACGAGUCUAAAAAUGUACAUAUAUACGAAGGUGAGGAAGUGAAGCUUCACUUCCGUGACAUCAGAAGUCACGAUGGUGAAACAUGGACCGGCCAGGGCACCUUGAUUCUGAUACCACGGCCACACAAAGACCGAUACACUUUCCGCUUGAAGGGUGGCGAGAGCCCGCCACAAACUAGCUCCGGCGCUGGUUACUCGAUUGAGUUUUUGUGGCUGGGAGUGUCCCACUUCCGUAUGAUGAGAGCGGUACGAUCAUUUGCAACAAACAAAACUUCUACAAGUGCAUUCAUAUACCACACAAUUCUAGGCCACGAGGUUGAGCCGGUCGAGUUUUCGACUCCAUUGCCAAAGAGCUUGUCAUUUCCAGCUCUGACUGGACUCAGGCCUUUGAAUGCAUCUCAGGAGGCUGCUGUUUCGGCCGCUAUAAGAAAGCCUUUUGUUCUCAUUCAGGGUCCACCGGGUACCGGAAAAUCUGUCACUGCUUCAGCUAUCGUCUAUCAUCUAUCGAAAAUGCGCCAAGGAAAAAUUCUUGUUUGUGCGCCGCUGAAUGUUGCUGUGGACCACAUUACAGGAAAGUUAGAAGAUCUUGGCUUGUCUGUGGUAAGAGUGUAUUCGAAAAAGCUAGAGGGCUUCGAAGGUAGUACGGAGAACUCUUCAUUGCAUUCGCAGGCUAAAAAAUUGCUUCUGCGCAAAAUGAAAAAUUUGUUGUCUAAACAAGAAGAAGGUUCAACUUUAGCCACUAAAGAUGCUGCCGAACUCAAGUGGAAAAUCGCCGAAAUUGAGCGUAAACUAAUCAAACAAGCUCAAAUAGUUUGCUGCACAUGUGCGGGUGCAAUGGAUGUGAGAUUGCAGAAAGAAGUCUUCAGAUGUGUUUUGAUUGACGAGAGUACACAAGCCUGUGAGCCAGAAAUCAUGAUACCAAUCACAAAAGGUGCCAAGCAAGUAAUUUUAAUCGGUGAUCAUCAGCAGUUGGGUCCUGUGAUAUUGGACAAGGGGGCUCGUAAAGCCGGUCUUUCGCAGUCUUUGUUCGAACGUAUGAUCGCUUUGGGGCAAAUCCCAUACAGACUUGAAGUCCAGUACAGAAUGCAUCCUGCAUUAUCUGAGUUCCCCUCCAAUAUGUUUUACGAGGGUGCCUUACAGAAUGGUGUUAUUUCUUUUGACCGUGAGUGGCCCGGAUCUACAUUCCCUUGGCCGGUUCCUUCAUUUCCUAUGAUGUUUUGGGCAAACUACGGUAAAGAAGAGGUGAGCUCUCUUGGAUUGUCUUAUUUAAAUCGUGUGGAAGCAAUGAAUGUGGAAAAAAUUAUUAGCAGACUAUUUCGUGAUGGUGUGGAACCCUCUCAAAUUGGUGUUAUCACUCCUUAUGAAGGUCAGAGAGCAUAUUUGACUAACUUCUUGCAACUCAACUCACUGAUGUCCGACAAGAGAUCAUUAUAUGAAGAAGUUGAGAUUUCUUCUGUGGAUGCUUUCCAAGGCCGUGAAAAAGACUUUAUUAUUCUAUCCUGUGUGCGUGCCAAUGAUGAUGGAAAUAUCGGUUUCUUAAGAGACACACGUCGUCUUAAUGUCGCUAUCACCCGUGCUCGGUAUGGUCUCAUGAUCCUUGGUAAUCCUCGCUCAUUGAGUAGAAAUAAGCUUUGGAGAAGCUUAUUGAUUCACUACAGAGAAAGAGGUUGUCUCGUUGAGGGACCUCUAGAGAAUUUGCAGCUUUCGGUCGUUCCUCUCAAGGAAGAUUCCGAACAUAUGAGUGGCCCGAACUUUGACAAUGACUUGUACAUUCCGGACGAUGUGCAAAGUAUGGUUUCAUAUGUUCCAGAGUUUGAGCAUUCUAUGCCUCAAGAGCCUAUGGCAGAGACUUAUGAUGACCGUUUAUGGCCAAAACUUACUUCGAAUCAAGCUUCAAGACUCGACGGUGACGCUGUUGCAACUCAUAAUGUUAACCAUGACAGGCUAGGUGAGGACCUUCACCAACCAUUGAAAGAAUUUGCUAAUGUCUUCAGUAGUGCUUUAAAUAUAUAA